AUGUCAUCUUCAGGCACUCGGUUCUUCAACAUCGCAGAGUUGACCGACAUGGUCACUGAGCUCCUCAACAAACACGACACCUCAGCGCUUGCACAGGCCAAUCGUCGCCUUUUUGAGCUUUGUGAGCCGUUACUCUACUUGGACCUGCACCUCGAUUAUAAACCCCAUGGUCACUAUCUUUUCGAUUCUCGCUACGCUACCCUCGCGCUGGCACGCAACAUUCAUUAUGUCAGGAAAUUGAGGAUAUCUAUAGUCAACCUCGCUAUGCUCACCAAUCGCAUGCUCGCCCAUUUGCAUUCGAUCGGCGUCGAGAAGCAAGAUCCUUCAUCUGACUCGCUCUCCUCCCAUUGCUCGACCACCACUACCACCUCCUCCUCACACAUCGUACCGGUACCGCCAAUGGCCAACUUGGAACGACUUGAGACAACACUAAUACGCGGAUCAUUCGCCUCCACAUGCUCCUUCUACCUCGAGACCGACAACAACCCCAAGACCACCCUCCGCCAAUUUUGCCGGCUCCUCGAUCUCAGCCCACACCUGACAUACCUCAAGGCCGAGUGGAUCCCCAUUUCCAAUGCCGUCGAUCUCCGACUCCUGUCAACAUCACUGUCGGUCCUAACAUGUCUGGAGACGCUGAUCUUGGACGAUGUUGCUUCCAACAAUGAUAAUUGGGCGUGCAUCGGGCGCACUCUUUUCAACAGCUGUGGGCCGUCCGUCCGAGUCCUUUCCGUCAAUAUGAGCCGCCCAUUUUACAGAAAAUGCUCUCGCAGAGUUGCAGUCGGUUGGAGUGACGCUAAUCAAGCAUUGGAGGACUUAGAGCGGGCAUCUCCAGGUAUUCGAGAUCGACUACAGGAUCUGACGAUGUGGUCCGUCGUCGCCAGCAGCGGCUCUCCCGAGCAAGAACUCUCCUCUAUCCUCAAGCGCUGUCCCAACCUCAAAAGGCUGGCCUUACCAGGCAUCCAGAAUCAGUCAGACCACUCCAACAUCAUUCAGUUCAUUCAAGACCAUUGUCCAAAGGUAUCCAGCCUGGCGUUCAUUGAUUGGACCUGCUGCAACAGACACAGCGUAGUGAUUCCGAUCUGGCUCAUGAGGUCUCUAUCGGCUCAGCGGAUUGAAGAGUUCAAGUGGACCGGGUUCUCGGAACAAAUAACCCCGUCCAGGGCACAAAUGAUGUUCCAACCCCAUUCGCAGGUCCUUCGGAAGAUUGUCUUUGAACGGUGUCAUGGUGUGACUAGUGGAGCGAUCCAAGUAAUCCUGACAAAAUGUCCGGCACUCGAGCAUUUCCAGAUAGGAAUCGAGAACUUUACUUAUGUCCGUGGCGCCACUAUCAUGCUUUCGGAUGCCAUUGCCGAUCCCUGGGUCUGCACCAAACUGAAGGUCCUGGAUCUUGGUGUCACCAUCCAUGAGAUGCCCGACUUGGAGCCCGGUCAAGAGCCCUACUACACGAGGACAUCGACUGUUGGUCUGUCCGAUGCCGAGGGGCAGCAACUCUUCCUGCAUGAGAGACUGUACCGCCAGAUCGGGGCAUUGACGGACCUAACCCAUUUAGCAUUGCGAGCGGUUUUUGUCGGUACUUCCAUAUGGGCGGAACACCGCCAUGACGUGACAAGGACCUUUCCUGCGAUGCUGAAUCUCCAAGACGAGCAGACAGGAAGACCAGGGUACUUGGAUCUGUUGCGAGGGUUGACGCAACUAGAGGAGUUCCGUGGAUCGGUGAAUACGAACAACGAGGAGACAAAAAUGACGAUGGGGUGGGAGGAAGCGCGGUGGAUGGCGCGGUGUUGGCCCCAGCUGAGAGUGGUGGCGUUCGCGAAGGACGAGAGCGAGUUGCGAGAACCGUUUUCGUGGCUUCAGAGGGAGCGUAAUCUGAUUGUCGAUGCGGAACCUUUUUUUCAGUGGUAG